GCGAGUUUAAAUGCUCCUCCAUCAGCUUCCUGUGGAUAUAUGUGAGGACAUGGAGGCAUCAAAGAAGACUUAAGAGCAGUCAGUAGACGGUGAAGCAACAGCCCAGCUAUGUUCAGAGCAGUUUUUGGAAACAAGAGAGAUGGAGGAGGAAAACGAGGGGAGAAAAAGAGCCAGAGGCACUCAGGUGACGAGGUGUAUGCCCACAGCACCUUGCAGAGAGGCAGCGGCCAGCGCGCCUCUCACUUCCAGGACCACGAUGGCGGCUGCACCAAAAACUCAGCAAAACAGAAGAGACUGACCAAGGGCGUGUCCAUUUCUUUGCCCUCCUCCCCUCUUCUCCCUCACCAGGCCGACAUUGUUCCCUCCCAGUCGUGCAGCAAGUUCCCAGGACGGGUAAGGAGGCUGGAGUAUGUGGAUGGCUCUUCCAGCGCAAGAGAGCCACUCGUCUUUGCCUCAUGCCGUGGCAAAGCAGACCACAGAGACCUCCACGUGGAGCCACAGCCUGGCUCCUCCCUCUCUAACCAGGAACUAAUGACCAGACUAUGCUUCUUAUUGGGAGAAACAACGCCCGGUACUGCUAGCUCUCCUAUGGAGGACAGGAGGGAAAAGAAGUAUGAUUCCUCUGCUCAGGGGGGGAGUCCCAGCUCCACCCUGACCUGCAGCACAGCCUCACCCUGCUCAGAGAGCCCCUCGUCCACCCUGAGCACCAGUGCGGGAGGCCAGUCUUUGCCCCAGCCUUUACCUUUACCUUCUCCCCACUGUGGCUCUAGCAGCAGUCCCAGUGGAACCCUCUCUAGCCCUGCAUCCAGCCCAGCCCCUUGCCCUCCUUGUGGACUCAUGACUGGGAGCAGUCCAGGGCCUCCAUCUCAAAGCCCCACCUCAACGUUGGAGAGCAAGGAUAGUGGAAUUAUAGCAACAAUCACUAGUUCUUCUGAGAAUGAGGAGCGCAGCACCUCCACUGAGGGUCUGGGUAAGGACGAAGGCCCAGAGGGAAGUGGCGGCGUAAUGGGCCAUACAAAUGAGGACCGCCAUCCCAGGCCAACCAGGGACAAUCUCACAACCCAGCCAGAUGAGGCCUUACCUAGAAUGGACAUCAUGGAGCCCAGAACUCCACCAGCACCGAAAAGGCCCCUCCCACAGCACCAUUUGCACAGCACCUCCUCUCUUGCGCUGCCCCGUCCAAACUCAGUAGCAGCAACAAGCUCCACUCGACUAGAGGAUUUGGGUUAUCUGGACAGUCAAAGGGCUACUGGGCACAGAGGCUCUGUUCGCAAACACAACACAUCUGGACGCACAAGUGAUGACUCCAAAGGGCGAUUGGUACCAUUCAAACAAGCUGACAUCAUGCUAAAACCGCUUCUAUUUGAAGUUCCCGGCAUCACCACGGAAACACCUUUCGUUGGCCGGGAUUGGCUCUUCACACGUCUGGAGGAGGUCCUUAGAAAAACACGCAGCUGUGAGGGACGCGGUGCUGUCAUUGUGGGUAACGCAGGAUCUGGCAAGACCGCCGUCAUCUGGAGGCUAGUGACGCUCAGCUGUCACGGCAUGCGUACAUCACUGGGAGGUCCCAGCAUCCCUCACAGCCCCGGCUCCUCCCCUAAGUGUGGGGAUAGGCAGGGAAAAGCAGCCUCCAAGCAGCCGGCUGAUUCCCAUCCCAACCAGGGCAACGUUUCAGGCACAAGCGAUAGCACACCGCCGAGGAAGGAGGCUGUCAGAUCCCUGGCUGCCAGGGUGGUCGCCUACCAUUUCUGUCAGGCCGACAACACAUACACGUGCCUGGUGCCGGAGUUUGUGCACAGUGUCGCCGCCCUGCUGGCCAGAGCGCCACAGCUCGCUCCAUACAGGGAGCUGCUAAUACAAGAGCCUCACCUACAAAACACACUGAGCUUACGUUCCUGCGUUCAAGACCCCAUUGCUGCCUUCCGAAAGGGUGUCCUAGAGCCCAUAGCCAGCCUGCGCAAGGAACGGAGGCUACCUGAAGAAGACUACAUCAUUUUGGUUGACAGUCUAAAUGAGGCUGAAUUUCAUAAGCCAGACUACGGGGACACCAUAGCCACCUUCAUCACCAAAAUAAUCCCCAAAUUCCCCCACUGGCUUAAGUUGGUGGUCACAGUCAGGACAGGCCUCGUGGAUAUCACCACCCUCCUUCCGUUCUCUGGUAUUUCUCUGGACAUCCUGCCAGACAGCAGCGAUCUGGGAGCCGACCUGAGUGACUACAUCCAUCACCGGGUCAGCAGCAGCACCCAGAUUGCCGCUAAUGUCACCACGCCAACAGGUUCCGCCCCUGAUCCUCUGCUCCUGAGCAAAUUCAGCAGCCAUCUGUCAACACGGAGCCACGGCUCCAUCCUCUAUCUUCAGCUGACCCUGGAUCUGUUCCACAAAGGCGAUCUGGCACUGAAGGGAGGAAACUACCUGGUCGUGCCUGUCUCCCUGUCAGAGGUGUACCUGCUGAUGUGUCGUGUGAGCUUUCCGGAUAAAGAGCUCUUUGAGCGGGUGCUUCCGGUGCUAAAUGUGGCACUGGCGUCUCUGCACCCACUGGCUGAUGAGCAAAUGUUCAGAGCACUGAACGCAGGCAGUGUCAAGGGGGAGCUGGAGUGGAAGGACUUCCAGCAGAGAUUAGACAGCCUGGCUGGGUUCAUGGUGAGACGCAGAGACGGCACACGGAUGCUGUGUCAUCCCUCCUUCAGAGAGUGGUUGGUUUGGCGAGCUGAUGGAGAAAGCAGCGACUUUCUCUGUGACCCCAGGAGCGGCCACGCUCUCCUGGCAUUCAUGUUCUCCAGACAGGAGGGAAAGCUCAACAGGCAGCAGACUAUGGAAAUGGGGCACCACAUCCUCAAGGCUCACAUAUUCAAGGGUCUGAGUAAGAAGACAGGUGUGUCCUCCAGCGUUCUGCAGGCCAUGUGGGUAAACUGCAGCACCGACAGUUUGUCUGCUGCACUGGCCUCCCUGCGAAACCUAUAUACACCUAAUAUCAAGGUGAGUCGUCUGUUAAUGCUCGGUGGCGCUAGCGUGACCUGGUGUACGGAGGUGAUAGGACAUGCUCCCAUCCUGGCUGUGCAUGCCCACCUGGGUCAUGUAGAGAUGGUCGCUCUGCUGCUUGAAAUGGGCGCUCCUGCAGAUGGUACCACCGACAGCGGCAUGACGCCCCUGUGUCUGGCUGCCGCCGCGGGUCACGCCGACAUCGUCAGCCUGCUCUGCAAGAAAGGGAGCAAGGUGAGCCAUGCUGAUAAGAGCGGCCAGUGCGCGCUGGUCCACGCCGGGCUGAAGGGCCAUGUAGAAAUCAUCAACAUCCUGCUGGGCCAGGAUUGGGGAGAGGAGAUUCCCACUGACCCACAGCAGCACCACAGCGGUGAGACUGUGACUGGAAAAACACAGGCAGCACAGCAGGCAGCUACAGCGGCAGCCGGCGUGGGGCACACACAGGUGGUGAAAAGCUUGCUGGACUUGAAAGAUGAACAGCUGGCGGUGCAGAUGGACGCUCACGACUCACUCUGGGGAGAAACGGUGCUCAGUGCAGCAGCAGGGAGAGGGAGGCUCGAGAUGUGCGCCUUCCUCCUGGAGCGGGGGGCAGGGCUCGAGGAAGCAAACCGCAGAGGAAUGGUCCCUCUGCUUAGUGCUACCAAACAUGGACACACACAGGUUGCCGAGCUGCUACUGAAGCAAGGUGCAGACAUCGACGCCACUGAUAAGCAGGGACGCUCUGCGCUGAUACUGGCCGCCUCUGAGGGCCACGCAAGCACGGUUGAACUCCUGCUGUCAAAGGGUGCUUCUCUGUCCUCUGCUGAUCAGGAGGGGCUGACUGCACUUAGCUGGGCCUGCAUGAAGGGCCAGAAAGGUGCAGUGCAGGUUCUGAUGGAGGCAGGAGCUGACCUGAACCAUCCAGACAGACAGGGGCGGACUCCGCUUGACCUAGCUGCCCUUAACGGGGAUGCAGAUACAGUGCAUUGCCUGGUGGAAAAUGGAGCGGUGCUGGAGAGAGCUGACAACAGUUCCAGAGUUUCGGAGAGAGCGACUGGCUGCCAGAACCCGGCGCUGGUGGCGUCGCUGCUUAAGAAGGGAUCCAAAAUGGGCUAUAGAACGGCUCCGCACGAUCGAUCAGGUCAUGCUACGUGGGCUAUGGCUUCCUCCAAACCAGACAUUCUCCUCAUCCUGCUGCAGAAGCUGAUGGAGGAAGGGAACUUACUUUACAAGAAGGGACGUAUGAAAGAAGCAGGCCAGCGUUAUCAGUAUGCCCUAAGGAAACUACCACGUGAGGGGCAAGCAGAGGAGCUGAAAGGCUUGAAAGACCUGCGAGUCUCCCUCUAUCUAAACCUUUCACGGUGCCGCAGGAAAACCAACGACUUUGGCAUAGCUGAGGAGUUUGCAACAAAAGCCCUGGAACUGAAACCAAGGUCUUAUGAAGCCUUUUACGCCAGAGCCCGGGCCAAGAGGAGUAGCAGGCAGUUUGCUGCAGCGCUGGCAGAUCUCCACGAAGCAGCACGACUCUGCCCGUCCAACCGGGAGAUCCGACGCCUGCUGGCACGAGUAGAGGAGGAAUGUAAGCAUCAUCAGAAGCUUUCCAGCAACAACUCGGCACAGGGUUACAACAGGGACCCUCACACCCACCAUCAUCAAGCCACAGAGGAGGAAACGGACGUCUUUUCACAGGGAAGUCUGGAAAGGCACAUCCCAGCAGAGCAGGCCAAUGCGGAGAAGGAAGAAGAAAAGGAAGAUGGCGAGGAGGUGAGCCUGCAGUGUGGGAAAAGUCCUGAAUUUUGGCCUCUGAAUCCAUACGCUCCGAACAGGACUCUCCCCGGAGCUGUGGCCUUUGGAUUAGGAGAUCAGUCGCCAAGCUUUCAUCAAGAGGAAUAUGUACAGAACCAGCUGUUUGUGGACAUGCCCGAGCCAGUUCCUGCUGUUAACAGGCAACUCCAGAGCCAGGGCAGCAGGACUCAUCACCAGUGCCACUCCCUCCAGUCAGGGAGCAGAAUUGGGGGCAGGCCUCUGUCUCUGUGCGGUCCUUCUAGUCCUUUGCCAGGUAGACACAUCUCCACCUCUCUGAGGCCUGCACCUGUUAUGGGUAUCGACAUCGGCCCUGGAUCCUGUGAACACUCUGGGCUCAGUCCUACUGAGCACUAUCACCCUAUGUCUCCCAACAGCUCCUCCCCACCUGGACCUCUGCAGAUGUACCAGCCGCGCUCCUCCAGCUUCUCCAGGGGCUCUGACAGGCUCUCUACCCACUCUGUGGCUCUGGAUGGCCUGGCGCUCGCUUUAGGUGCUGGUAUGGAGGUUAGGCGGGAGGGUGGUGGAGCAGGAACAACAGGCUCAAGGGGCUCCAGCUCCAGUCAGGCCUCCAGUGGGAACCUGUCAGAUGGGGGCAGGCAGCAGGCACCAGAUGCCCCGUGCCCUAUCAAGAGCAGCGGUAGCUUCAAGACAAAACCUGAGUUAAAGCCCCGGCCCUUUAUGGGGGUCAUGGACAAAGCGGUGCGAGUCAGCCAGCAGGCCUCUGGCCUGAGCCGGCAGGGAGGAGGGGUGGAGAGCUUCAGCAUGUCCGUGAUGGAGUUCCAAGGGCUGAACAAUGAGUUCAAACACGCAUCAUUCCAGGAGCAGCACUCUGUGAGCCACAGCAACAGCCAGCAGCAGGGCCGUGAGUUUGGAGACCGGCUGCACCAGCGAGAGGGCAGAGGUACCACAUCCUCCCAGCUACGCUUCCCCGAGGGGAGGCACAGGCAGGCGAGCCUGACGAGAGACAACCCAGCUCUGCACAUGGCUCCCAUAAAGCCCAAACGCUCUUUUAUAGAAUCCAACGUCUGAGCGUAGUUUCUCAAAGCACAGGAGCAGGCUGGUUUUUUUCAACAAGCUAUGUCCCACAUUAGGUAGCAAGGGAGACGGGCGUGAGAGCGGCUCCCUUCCCUGAGCCUGUUUUGUAGAUUUAUGCUGCUGCACUGCAUUUACAAUCUAGAACCAGUGUUCAACUCAGGCUACUAUGCUUUUGCUUACAUGUAUACAGCUAGUGUAUUCAAGAAGACCAGACAUACCUUAAGUAGGGAUUUAAAUUAAAAAAAAAAAAAAGAGUAGUCUAUUGUCUCAACUUUUAAUUCAUAAUAUCAAAUAUAGAAAACUGAGAAAGCUUUGUGCACGAAUAUACGAAACCUCACGCUGUUUGUUGCAGGAUAUGACCAUUUCUAUUGUGAAGUGUCUUUUAAAAAACAUUUAUAUUUGUACGGUGUACACUAUAUUUGCAGAUUAUCUAUUUCCCUGUAAGUGGUUAUCUGUUAGCAUUACAGGCUUCAGAACGGAUUACUUCGUGUACCCGAGAUCCUUUUUCUUGGUGCAUUUGACUAGAAAAACACAAAAAAAAGGCACUGUACAUGACAUUGUUGGACAGCUUCUUGUCAUAAUCUUACAAGUGACUGCUUCAGUAUUCACAGUAAAUGUUAUUUAUUUUUGCAUAGCAGAGAAAAUAUUCAUAUGAAGUGUUUAUUGGUUUAUUCAGACUUGAGAAAGAGCUUUUACAGAAUGUGGGAUAAAGAGAGAAAACAGAAACUUAAGACUUAAUAUAUGUUCAUAGUUGUCAUAUACACUUUUCAGAGUCAUACUAUGGAUUACAGAAUAUUACCACAUUAAUAUUGUGGUAUAAUAAAAUAUUCCUGGAUGACUACA